AUGUGGUUUAAGAUAGUAUUAGGUGUGAUUCUGGCCUUCCUCAUCUUGCUAACGGUGUGUGGAAACAUACUGGUGUGUCUGGCUGUGUGUGCAACCAGACGCCUGCGUAGUGUCACCAACUGCUUCAUCGUGUCCCUGGCCAUUACUGACCUUCUACUGGGAGCUCUCGUCCUCCCUUUCUCCGCUCUCAAUGAGGUGAUUGAGAAAUGGCCACUGGGAGCUCACUUCUGCAAUGUCUACAUUUCAAUGGACGUCAUGCUGAGCACUGCUUCUAUCCUUAACCUCCUAGCCAUAAGCAUAGAUCGCUACAUUGCAGUCACGGUGCCUUUACGUUACCCAACACUGGUGCUGCCAUGGCAUGUUGGUACAUCAUUAGCAGUGAUCUGGCUGGUGUCCAUUGGUGUCUCGUUUGUUCCUAUUCAUCUGGGCUGGAACACAGUGGAUCAAACGGUGCAGAAUCAUGGUAAGGACGACCCUGAGGAAAACUGUCGCUUUGAGCUAAAUCCCACUUAUGUGCUAGUGGAUUCAGUAGCAACUUUUUAUCUCCCCUUGGUGGCAAUGUGCUGGACUUAUUACCGAGUGUUCCGCAUUGCACGGGCCCAGGCAAAGCGGAUCUCUUCCAUACAUCGAGCUUGCUCUUCAACCAACAUGUCUUCGUUAUCAGGAGCUUCGGUGUUAGCACUACGUGAACACAAAGCUGCAGUGAGAUUAGCAGUUGUAUUGGGGGCCUUUGUCGUUUGCUGGUUUCCCUAUUUUACAUUUUUCACCAUUAUGGGGAUAAAAAAGGAGAGCGAGCCUCCACAUACGCUAUACUCAGUGGUGCUGUGGCUAGGCUAUGUUAACUCCACGCUAAACCCAUUCCUUUAUGCAGCGCUCAAUAGAGACUUUCGGUCUGCUUAUGGCAGGUUGUUGUGUGGCUGGAGGGGUCUUCAAACAGUAAUAGGAACGCCUACUACUGUACUAGAAGCGGAGCUGUUGAAUGGAAUCACCCCUGCCAGCAGCAGGGCAGAGUUUAUACCUGGAGCCUGUAUCAUGCUACAGGAUAUGAGUAAAGGAAACGGGGAUGGGGGCAAUGGGACGUCUCUCAGCAUCGUCACUGUCCUGUCCGAUUGCAACAACAGGUAUUGGAGAAAUGAAACUAAUGGACAACAAUUAGAAUACUCAAUAUAG